UCACGCCCACUCUAUAGCGACAAAAGAAUAUCUAUGGUAAUUUCCUACGCGCCUUUACGCGAGUAGUCUCACGACAAGAAGGACGUAUAUUUGAAUUCUGGCGGUUCGAAGGAAAGCAAACAGUAAGGACAAUGUCUGAAAAGAAACCUUUGGAAAUAAAAGAAGCCUUUGAAAUGGCACAGAAAUCCCAUAGCAAUAAGGCUAAGCUUGCUGCUGCACUAAAGCAAAAAUAUACUACAUUGGAAAAUAAAACCACCUUUCAUGAAGAGUUUGUGCAUUAUAUGAAAUAUGCAAUGAUUGUAUAUAAGCGUGAGCCUGCUGUUGAAAGUGUGAUUGAGUUUGUUGCUAAAUUUGCAACCAGUUUUGAAGAAACUACAGAGGAUGAGGAUAACCUCGAAGAGGAAGAAGAUGAAAAUCCCUUCUUGAAUUAUUUGUUUGAUUUUUUGCUAAAGUCCCACAAUGCCAAUAGCCAUGCUGUCAGGUUUCGUGUUUGUCAGCUUAUUAACAAAUUGUUAGGAAAUAUGUCUGAAAAUGCUCAGAUUGAUGAUGACAUUUUUGAUCGCAUUCAUGAAACAAUGCUUGUCAGAGUAAAAGAUAAAUUUCCAAAUGUUAGAAUACAAGCAGUGUUGGCAAUGGCUAGACUACAGGACCCAAAGGAUGACCAAUGCCCAACUAUCAAUGCAUAUAUGCAGUUAAUCGAAAGUGAUUCAAAUCCAGAAGUGAGACGUGCUAUACUGUCAUGCAUUGCUCCAUCAGCUAAGACACUACCUAAAAUUUUGGGACGGACCAGAGAUGUAAAGGAUAAAGUUAGGGAACUGUCUUACAAGGUUCUUGCUGAGAAAGUCCAUGUUAAUGCACUGACUAUUGCUCAGAGAGUAAAGAUUUUGCAGCAGGGAUUAAAUGAUCGAUCAGUGGCAGUAAAAGAGGCUGUCCAGAAAAACCUGUUGCAGGCGUGGCUUCGACUAAUGGAGGGCAAUGUGUUAGAUUUGCUUCACAAGCUGGAUGUUGAGAACUCGGCAGAAGUGCCAGUGACUGCAUUGAAUGCAUUGUUUGCUUUGUCACCACUUAAUGAAUUGGCUGAAAACUUCAGCAGCAUAGAUGAGAGAAAAUUAAUUCCAGUGGAAAACUUAACCUGUGAAAAUGCCUUAUAUUGGCGUGCACUGUGCGAAUAUAUCAAAUCCAAAGGUGAAGAAGGAGAAGAGAUUUUGGAGCGACUUUUACCAGAAGCAGCAUUAUAUAUUGAAUAUCUUCACAAGUUCUUGAAAAGCAUUCCAGUACUGACUGAAGAACAAAAGGCAGAUUUUAAAUAUCUUGAAAUUGUGAUGACUAAGGAAUUCAUAGGGCAGCAGUUGGUGAUUCUUGUUGGUUGCUUAGACACUGCUGAAGAAGGUGGGAGGAAGCGGGUCCUUAUUAUUCUGCAAGAGAUUCUAGUUUCACCAAAUUGCCCAACUUCUCUUGUGUCCUUGCUCAUAGAGAAACUACUUACCAUCCUUAAAGAUGAUGAUAAGAGGAUCCAAAUGACUGCAGAAAUAAUUUCUGAGAUUCGUGAACCUUGUGUAAGUGUAGCUGAAUCAGCUUCUGCUCAGGAAACAAGCAAAAGACAAGUAAAGUUGGCUGAAGUCAAAGUAAAAUUGAUUGAGGCAAAGCAGAAGCUCGAAGAGUGUGUCGUGGCUCAGGAUUUUAGCCUUGCAUCUCAACUGAAAGAUCAGAUUAUGGAGUUAGAAAACACUCGAAAUCAACUGAGUAAAGAAAUGGAAGAGCCAGAAAUUAAAGUGGUCAACAUAGAAAAGAAUGAUCCAGAAACUCUUCUUAAAUGUCUAACAAUAUGCUCAGAACUUCUUAAGCAGAUGUCCAUAGACAAAGGCAUUGGUCCAACAAUGAAUGAAAUCUUUAACUCAUUGAUCUUGCCAAGUAUUGCUAAUGCCCAUCCAGCAGUACGAAACAUGGCAGUAAUCUGCCUGGGCUCCUGUGCUCUUCAAAGCAAAGACCUGGCAAACCGACAUCUGUUAUUGCUUUUGCAGAUUGCUCAGCUUGACGUGGCGAAGAUCAGGAUCAGCGCAAUUAAAGCUGUGUUGGAUCAGCUUCUUCUAAAUGGUCUGGAGGCACUGCAAGGAAAUACAUAUUCAGAUGAAGAUUCUGAAAAAGAAAAUAUUGAGGAACAGACGGAAGAAAAGGACACAAAUGAAGAAGAAAAUAUUGUCAAUAACAUACUUGCCUUACUUUCUGGCUUUCUGGACAGUGAGAUAUCGGAGUUAAGGACAGAGGCUGCUGAAGGCUUAGCCAAGCUGAUGUUUUCAGGACGUCUCAGAAGUGCAAAGUUGCUUUCUCGACUUGUUUUACUUUGGUACAACCCAGUUACUGAGGAUGAUACACGCCUUCGUCACUGCUUGGGGGUGUUUUUUCCAUUAUUUGCUUACGCAAGCAGAUCAAAUCAAGAAUGCUUUGAGGACAGCUUCCUGCCAACAAUGCAUACAUUGUUCAAUGCACCAGGUUCGUCACCAUUAGCUGAAGUUGAUUUUAGUAACGUAGCAGAGCUGUUGGUGGAUUUAACAAGACCCAGUGGACUGAGCAAGCAAAACAAUAUGGAAUACCAGGGGCCCACAGUUCAUGAAAGCUUAGCUGCAAGACUCUGCAAUGAAAUCUUAAAAGAUCCAUCUGCCCCAGAUGUCCGUAUUUAUGCAAAGUGUUUGGGCUCGCUGGAGUAUGAAAGUGAAGAUCCUGAUAACUACAAAGAUAUUCUGUUGCUUCUGGAAGAAAUUGUCACUGAAGUGAAAGAUAAAGUCAGUUUAAAAGCCAUCGAAAAGGUUAUCAACCAACUUAAAGGAGAAAACAAAGGCAAAGCUGUCAUGAAUGGUACCCAAGUGGUGAAUGCCAGUGAUCAAGGUGUUGCUGAAACCAGUAAAGCUGAAAUUGCAGAUGGUGAAAAUGAUCUUUUGAAAACUGUAAAAAAGAGCAGCAAACGAGGCCAGAAAACUGCAUCCACUGCUACAAGAUCUACAAGAAGCAGCAGAGCACGUAAAACAACAGACACUUAUGAAGAGAGCAGUGAUCAAGAUGAAGGUCCUCAGACAGCACCAGAGCCACCUUCAAGGCCGUCACGGCGUGCAAAACUGGCAGCAAUAGAAAAAACGAGAAUGAACUUAACACACCUGAUAAAUCAAGAGGCUGACAAGCCAGAGGACAAGGUGUGACCCCCUGUUUGUAUUCAUUCAUGUGUGUAUAGUCCGUGUAUAUGUGGAAAUCUGUUAUUUACUUUUUUUGAGCUGAGCAUCUUUUUUCUUUACAAAUAAACAUUGUUUUUAAAAUUUAAAA